AAAAACACACUCAGUUAACUCAUUACUGAGUGACUCACCCAAUGGCAGGCAAAGUUCAGCCUCGAAAUCCGCCGCUCUCGCAAAAAAAGCCGUCUCCCGCUGCCGCCAAAUCCUCGCCGCCGCCGGCAGUCUACAUCAAUGUCCCCGAGCACUUUCACCCGUCGGAAACUACCAGUCGCUACCCUCACUACAAUCGCCGGGAACCUAGACGGUGCGGGUGCUGCUGCUGUCUCUGCUGGUUUAUCUUCAUCAUCAUCGUCCUCGUCAUUCUGCUCGGAGCCGCUGCCGGCGUUUUCUACCUUAUUUACCGGCCGGAGGCACCGGCUUACACCAUCAAACGGGUCGCGGUCAAGGGAGUAAACCUCACCUCAACGGCGUUCUCGCCGGAGUUUGACGUCGUCAUUAGAGCUUAUAACGGUAACGACAAGAUCGGAAUCUCCUACAAGGAGGGGAGCUCCGUUGCGAUGUUCUACAAUGACGUUAGGUUAUGUGACGGUGUGUUGCCCGCGUUUUACCAGCCGUCUAAUAACGUGACCGUCUUGAAGGCGGUGCUGACGGGAAACGACGUGCAACUAACGGUAUCGGACCAGACGGCGUUGAUGAACGCUGUGACCGAAUGGAGCGUGCCGUUGAAGUUGGAGCUGAGUGUGCCGGUGGAAAUUAAAGUGGGGUCCGUUACGACUUGGAAGAUCAACGUUAGAGUUGAGUGUGACGUGACGGUGGAUCAGUUAACGGUGCAUGCUGGGAUUCUGAGAAGGAAUUGUAGUGACCGGGUGUACCUUUGGUGAUGGCGAAAACUUACAAGAGGGGUUUGGAUAUUGAAUCGAUUCUCUAUACCCAUUCAAAUAAAGGGUGAUGAUCGCUUUACAACGUUCAAAUUUUUACAUCAACAUUUACAAUUAAUUUUAUUAGUGUUUUUUAUUGGAUAAUAUAAUUUAUAUUUUAUUUUAAGCUUAAUGUAGGUUCAUAUACAUUUAUA